AUGAAUGAAGAUAUAAUUAAAAAUAUAAAAUUAAAUAAUAAUUUUUUAGAAUUCGAAGAAAUUAUAAAAGAUAUAAAUACACCAUUUAAUUUUAUUGAUUUAGUUGAAAUUCCGUGUAUACCCAUAGUUGAUUUAUAUGGUUUGUCACUGUUGAAUAAUGAAGCUUAUUUAGAAUAUAAAAGUGGUUUGAGAGAAGAUAAGAUAAAUGCAGACGAUGAAAUCAAAUUAACCUUAUUUUUUGCUGUAAAAUUAUAUAAAAAAAAUAUAAUACGAAUUAAAUUUCCUUCUUAUUAUGAUAUUAUUGAAACCUUAAAAUUUGAUCCAGUAUCCGUAACAAUUGGUUUAUUUAAUCAAUUUUAUUUUGAGACAGCAUAUGAGUUAUGUAAUUUGUUACCAGUUAAUGAAUGGCCAUCAGCAAAUUUUUACAACAUAUUAAGAAAAGCAGAAAAAACAAGAAUACAUUUUCUUAUUAAUAACAAAACAAAAUUGAAUUCUUAUUUUUUAGAAGGUUUAACAAAUAAAGAAAAAAAAAUUUACAAAUAUUUUCUUGAAGGUACAUCUAAAGAAAGGGAAAUGUUAAAUAAAGAAACUACUUUAUUUUAUUUUUAUGAAAAAGAAAAAUGUUAA